AUGGCCUUAAAGUUGGUGAUAGCAGUUUUGGCUGUGGUAGCGUGUACUCAUGGCCGUCUGGCGCAGUAUGCUCGGCCAGUCAGGGUGGGACCUAGUGACUUAGAGGAGGCUGCGACGAUCGUUCACGCAGACUCUAAGCCAAGCUUUGAUCAUCAUCACAUCUCGGAUGAUGAACACGUUGAUUAUUAUGCGUACCCGAAGUAUGAAUUUAAAUAUGGCGUAAACGACUUCCAUACUGGUGACAUCAAGACGCAUCAUGAGUCCCGAGACGGUGAUGUUGUCAAAGGUCAGUACACAGUGGUUGAGCCUGAUGGUUCCAUCCGCACUGUAGACUACACUGCUGACAAACACAAUGGGUUCAACGCAGUGGUCCAUAAGACAGCGCCUGUAUCUCCUCACGAAGCCUCUCAUUUUCACCACUAA